UUUCCUUUUGAAUUAAAAUAAAUUAUUUUGGUCAUAUAAUCCAGUCACAUCACAAAGUGCAUUUAACAGAAUAUAGAACUGUCAAUAUCAGUGCACAAACGACAAGCAUGACAUCGUAUUCAAACAUGAAUCCGAUGUCUACUGCGCACGGAGGAAACUGAAUCAUUUUAAAUUCCCAUGUGUGUGACUCGCAGUGCCUUUUUUGUGAACAAAGUGGCGAUACACAGGUUGCAUUUGAAUCAGGUUUGAGGUCCUGUGAAGAUAGAAUAUAUAGAGGCAGAGAGUCCUAGUGCGGUUUUGUUUAUUUGGUGAAAAAAAACACUACAUUUAAAAGGUGAAAUUUAAAAAUUGUCAAGUAUAAUAGUUUACAUUUAUUUACCACUUUACUCACUACUCAGUGCUUUGUGAACUCCACGCUGGGAGAAACCAGGAAGCAAGCCCAUAAUCUCCUUAUUACAAGGCAGCGAUGCUACUAUCACACCACCCAAGUAUGUGUACUAUACUGCAUAACAAUGUGCUUGAUAGUUUAAAAUUCCAAAUACAGUACAGAAUUUCCGAAAUUGAAGAAUAGUAACCACAGGUUAAUAACAAGCACUUCAUUCAACAAAAAAGUUAUGUGGUCAUGUAAAGCAAUCAGUACUUUGAUUUAGCUUAAAACAAAAUUCCAAACUUUUUGCAUGUUUUCAUCAAAUGCAGUCUUUCUAAUUUUGUUCUUUUGCUUUGCAUGUCAAUGGCUGAUCAUCGUCCUCAUAACAGCCAUGAAUCCGCAGGACCAAAGCAUACAAGUAGAGGGCCAACCAGUCGUAUGAAGAAAAAUGUGACGUCUGCUUGUUGGGAUCGAGGUUCUCAUUGGACUAACAGAUUCAGUUGUGAAAACCCACGUUUGCAUUCACUUGAUUUAAACUGGAAUACAUCUAAGACUCCUCAAACAAUUGAAUCAUUUAAUACACAGUCGAUGCCAUGACCAGCUGUUGCGGCAGUGCUGUUCAGUACAAGCACCUGAUGCUAUAGCAAAACAAUGAGCUGGAGCUUCUUAACCCGCUUAUUGGAAGAAAUUCAUAACCAUUCCACUUUUGUGGGGAAGCUAUGGCUAACCAUACUUAUUGUUUUUCGCAUUGUAUUGACGGCUGUUGGAGGAGAGUCUAUCUACUAUGAUGAACAGAGCAAGUUUGUUUGUAACACGCAUCAACCUGGUUGCGAGAAUGUUUGUUAUGAUGCCUUUGCACCGCUGUCUCAUGUGCGUUUUUGGGUAUUCCAAAUAAUUAUGGUAUCCACACCAUCAAUCAUGUACCUUGGCUUUGCAAUGCACAAAAUUGCCAGAACAGGAGAUGUAGGACAGAGCAAAGUCAAGAAGCGCAUGCCAGUGAUCCAGCGAGGAGCAAGUAGAGAUUAUGAGGAAGCUGAGGAUAAUGAUGAAGAAGAUCCAAUGAUAUUUGAAGAAAUUGAACCUGAAAAAGAUGAUAAAACGUCAAAGGCAACUGAAAAAAAACAUGAUGGGCGUCGCAGGAUAAAGCAAGAUGGGCUAAUGAAAAUUUAUGUCCUACAGCUUUUGUCUCGUUCAGUAUUUGAGGUGGCAUUCCUUUUUGGCCAGUAUAUAUUGUAUGGAUUUGAAGUAGCUCCAUCGUAUAUCUGUAGCCGCAGCCCCUGCCCUCAUACUAUCGAUUGCUUUGUCUCAAGGCCAACAGAGAAAACUAUAUUUCUUCUUAUUAUGUAUGUGGUGAGUGGACUUUGUCUGCUGAUGGAUAUCUGUGAAAUGAUUCACCUUGGAAUCGGUGGCAUUCGGGAUGCACUUCGUAGCAAAUCUAGAAGACCUCCACCUGGGACUAAUAUGCGAUCAUCUGUGUCUAGACAGCUACCGUCUGCACCUCCAGGUUACCACACAACUCUCAAAAAGAUGCCCAAGGCUAAAUUAUCAGGUGGACGCAAGUCUGAGUUUGCUGAUAAUCUUGGGGAUUCUGGUCGUGAAUCAUUUGGGGAUGAAUCUUCUUCAAGAGAGCUGGACAGGUUACGCAAACACCUGAAAAUGGCCCAGGAACAUUUGGAUAUGGCUUUCCAGCUGGAAAUUAGCAGUCCAUCUCGUAGCAGCAGUCCAGAGUCAAAUGGUACUGCAGUAGAACAGAAUCGUUUAAACUUUGCUCAGGAGAAAGAGGGAGCAUCUUGUGAAAAAGGAAUCCGAGCAUAAUUCUUCUUGGGCAAUAGAAUACUUGCAUGACCAUCGCCAAGGAAGCAUAACUUUAAGUCGCUGGAAACAUUAUGUUUAAACUUUUUAAAGAGAAUAAUGUGCAUAUUUUUUAACCAGAAUAUUUAAGUGCAAUGCAGCUUGUAUUUCUGGAGUAAAACCUCAAAUGUGCACAAGAAGUAAUAGAUGUUUGGCAGCACCAUCUUGAAGAUCUGAGGUGAAGUUUGAAGUGGCCUGCACAUUGAAGGGUCUGUUCUGGACCAUGCAACUAGGACUGAAUGCUUUCUGAGCCAUCUGUGCAAAGAUUUGUCCAGAGUUUAACAGGAAAGUUCUGACUGUUUCAACUCAGGGUUGCCUGAAGUGCUGUUCAAUUUAUAUAUUCCUUAGUUUAAGGCACUGUGUUUCUGUUUACAUUUUUUUUCUCUCCAUUCCAAAUAAAUGUGGUUGUCAUGCCUAAGAUAAAAGCAACUGUUAAUCUAGGUUACAUUUUUGUAUAUAUUUGUACAAUUUUCUGCUUUAAAAUGUAUUUGAAAAGGGGAGAUUUGCAAUCUAAAAUGACACCUGGGCUUUACUAGACAAAUCACCUGAAAUGGCUAUUUUUCCAUCCUUGGAUCGAUAUGCUAGGGCCUAAUACUGUGUAGGAUUUGAUUGUGAAAUGGUACAAUAUUGUAGCUAUUUGAGUUUUGAAUCGAUAAGAUCACAAACCAUCUUAAGUAGCUCAUAUAAACUGGACAUUGAAGUUUACCAAAAUAAAAACGGAAUGAAUAUUUACUUGAGGUAAAAAUA